AGUCGUUGGGGAGGGGGUAUGGGGGAGCUCCCCCAAGCCUGGGGAAGGGGAGCCAGUGCAGGAGGUGACUGGAACCGCGGUGGCGGCGGCGGGAGCAGCAGUGGCGGUGAUCUCAGCCACAGCAGCCUAGGCUCCAGCCUGGGCCAGUGCGGCGCAGCAGACAAUAACCGGGCUGGAAACCAGACUCGGCCGGACCCAACUGGGAUGCUUCCUGACUGAUGAUGUUAUAACAGUGCUUGGAAGCCAGAAGGCUGCUUUUUCAGCUGAACAUACCUGAGUUGUCUCCAUCACCAUGGAGACUGGAAAGGAUGAAGCUUCUCAGGCCAAAGGAGCAUCAGCCUCUAUGGACACUCAGGACCAAGGGGCAGAGAAAGGAGCUAAGAACAAGGCAGCUGAGAUAACAGAAGGGCCAGUGUCAGAACCACCCUCAUCUGGCCCAGGUAGGCUAAGGAAAACUGCCAUGAAACUUUUUGGUGGCAAGAAGGGCAUCUGUACCCUGCCUAGUUUCUUUGGAGGGGGGCGAAGCAAAGGUUCUGGGAAAAGCAUCUCCAGGAAGGGUCUUAGCAAGAGCAAGACUCAUGAUGGCCUGACUGAAGCAGCCCAUGGCCCUAAAGACAUUUUUAGUGAAGGAACCAGCUUUGCCUUACCUUUGCCUGAAUCAUCCUGCCAACUUCCCAGUUCCCAGAGUGCCCAUGGGGUUUUGGAGACAGACUCCAGAUGCAAGACAUCUGUGGCUGGAGCCACAGAGAAAGCUGAGGCUGAGAAGGCUCUUUCUCUGUCCAAGCCAAAGAAAGGCCUGAAAGGUUUUUUUAGCAGUAUCCGCCGUCACCGGAAAAGCAAGGUCUCUGGGGCUGAAAAAAGUGAGUUAAGGGCCAAGGGGCCUGAAGGGGCUAGAGCUAGGCCUCAUGAAUAUGUGAGCUCAGUCAUUCUGCACCAUACUGAGGAUAUCCUCCAAGCCCCCAGAAAGGAAAAUGCCAAACCUCAAGAUGCUCCUGGGUCAAAACUUUCUUUAGUACCAGAGCCUUUUCCAGCUGUCAUUGAGAAGACAGCCUGUAAAGAUCCAGAAAAAUCUGUGGAGGCCUGUGCUUCAGCACUUAUGCAACCCAAGCCUACCUUAGAAGCUAGCGGCCCAGAAGAGCCCCAUAGUCCAGAAACAGGGGAGAAAGUGGUGUCAGAAGAGGUAAAUCCACCAAAUGGCCCUGUUGGGGACCAGCUGAGCCUCUUGUUUGGGGAUGUCACAUCCCUGAAAAGUUUUGACUCACUGACAGGUUGUGGUGAUAUCAUAGCAGAGCAAGACAUGGACAGUAUGACAGACAGCAUGGCUUCUGGAGGCCAGAGGGCCAAUCGAGAUGGGACCAAGCGAAGUUCCUGCCUGGUGACCUACCAAGGAGGUGGAGAGGAGAUGGCCUUGCCAGAUGAUGAGGAGGAGGAAGAGGAGGAAGAUGAGGUGGAAUUAGAGGAGGAAGAAGAGGAUGUCAAGGAGGAAGAAGAUUAUGACUUAGAAUAUCUCUGGGCAAGUGCCCAGAUGUAUCCGAAGUCUAAUCUGAAUUUGAGCUACCAUCCCAUCACAUCCCCAGGCCACCAUGGCUACAUGCUCCUUGACUCAGUUCGAUCUUAUCCUGGCUUAGCUCCUGGGGAACUUUUGACUCCUCAGAGUGACCAGCAAGAGUCUGCCCCCAAUAGUGAUGAGGGUUAUUAUGACUCCACAACACCUGGAUUUGAGGAUGAUUCAGGUGAGGCCUUGGGGCUUAUCCGCAGGGAUUGCCUUCCCCGAGACAGUUACAGUGGAGAUGCCCUGUAUGAGUUCUAUGAGCCAGAUGAUAGUCUUGAGACCUCCCCACCUGUGGAUGACUGUCUUUAUGACCUCCAUGGUCACAGCUCUGAGAUAUUUGACCCCUUCUUGAACUUUGAGCUCUUUUCUUCCUCUAGGCCACCUGGGGCAAUGGAGACAGAGGAAGAACGGCUAGUGACUAUCCAGAAACAGUUGUUGUGUUGGGAGCUUCGGCGAGAGCAGCUUGAGGCCCGAGAGGCCCAGGAGGCAUGUGCCCAAGAGAUUCACACCAGGGAGGCCUAUACCCAAGAAACUCAUGCCAGAGAGACCCAUGUCCGAGAAGCUCAUGUCAGAGAGGCCCAAGCCCGAGAGGCCUAUGCCAGGGAAGCCCAGGUCCGGGAGGCCCAUGCUCAAGAGGCUCAAGUCCGAGAGGUUCAGGCCUGGCAGGAGAAGCCCAUCAUAGAAUAUCAUAUGAGGCCCUUAGGCCCAUCAUCAGUGAUGGGCCUGGUAGCAGGGGCAUCAGGGGCCUCUCAGACAUCUCAUCGGGCAACCACCUCAGCUUUCCCUGCCACUGCAAGCAGUGAGCCAGACUGGAGGGACUUCCGUCCUCUGGAGAAGCGUUUUGAGGGAAUCUGCUCCAAGAAAGAUCAAAGUACCUGUCUGAUGCAGCUCUUCCAAAGUGAUGCUAUGUUUGAGCCAGACAUGCAAGAAGCAAACUUUGGAGGAUCUCCCAGGAGGGCCUACCCUACUUAUUCACCCUCUGAGGAGCCAGAGGAAGAGGAGGCUGAAAAGGAAGGGAAUGCCACAGUGAGCUUCUCACAGGCCCUUGUGGAGUUUACCAGCAGCGGGAACCUCUUCUCCAGCAUGUCCUGCAGCUCUGAUUCUGACUCAUCCUUCGCUCAAAACCUUCCUGAACUGCCCCCUAUGGUGACUUUUGACAUCGCUGAUGUGGAACGGGAGGGGGAAGGCAAGUGUGAAGAGCAUCCUGAGUUCCACAAUGAAGACCUUGCAGCCUCCUUGGAAGCUUUUGAGUUGGGCUACUACCAGAAACAUACAUUCAACAACUACCACAGCCGAUUCUACCAAGGUCUUCCCUGGGGUGUGAGCAGUCUCCCUCGCUAUUUGGGACUGCCUGGCAUGCACCCUCGACCUCCACCUGCUGCUAUGGCCCUCAACAGGAGGAGUCGCUCCCUGGACACUGCAGAGACCUUGGAGCUGGAGCUUUCCAAUUCCCGCCCUGCCCAGGGAUACAUAGUGUCUGAUGAGCUUCAGGCUCAGCAGGAAGAUUCAAAUGAAGAAGAAGAAGAGGAAGAAUGGGGUCGAGACAGUCCUUUGUCCCUUUAUACUGAACCACCAGGGGCCUACGACUGGUCUGCCUGGGCUCCCUGUCCUCUCCCAGUGGGGCCAGGUCCUGCCUGGAUAAGUCCCAGCCAGUUGGAUGGGUCUUCUAGCCAGUCUCCAUAUGAGCAGACAGCCUGUUGCAUACCUCCUGUGGCCAUGUCAAUGUUGUUGUCAGUACCAGGGCCAGAGCCAAGGGUACCUGGGAUAUCCAGGCCUCAGCUAUCUCGGCCUUCGUACCUACCCCUGCCUAUGGUCUCUUGUUAUAACCUGCAGCCACAGGCCUUUCAGAGUGUGAGGGCCAGGCCUCAAGAUAUGCUGCUGCCUAUUGAUGAGCCCAAUUGCUUUUCCAGUUCUGGAGGCUUCAGCUCCAGUCCUCUGUCCCAGGCCAAGCCUGUGGGCAUCACUCAUGGCAUCCCUCAGCUGCCCAGGGUCCAGCCUGAGCCCCAACAACCUCAACCCAUUCACUGUAAGGUUUCCAGCCUUGACCUAUCAAAGGAGAUGGCUGAGCAAGGUGCCUCUCUCCCCCUUCCCACCAGCUACUCCACUGCUGUGAAUGGAAAGCUAGCUGAGUAGUCAUUAUCUAUUCUGGAGUGGGGGCAUGGGGCCUGAGCAUGUGAAUGGGGAACAGGGGUUGGGCAGAGGGGUGGGUGGUGGGGGUUGCUAUUUAACUUGAAAAUCCUUUUGGCCAAGGAAAGCUCCAAUGAGUUUUUGCCUUUGUUUUCCCACUUCCCUCUUCUGCCAAUCUGUGGUCACAUUCAGCUUGAGUACAUCUGCCCUAGGAGGCUGCUCUUGCUCUGUGCUCCAGCUUUUCCUUUUGGGGUUUCUUGUUACCCACGUAGGGUUUUUUGGGAUGCUAUACUUUUGUGCCUAUUCCAGUUGCCCAGUUAGUGAUUAUAUAUAUAGCAUGCAUCCUUGACACAGGCUUAGUACCCCUGCCACCCCCCCCCCCCACACACACACACAGUGAAUGAUGAACCACUGAUGAGCAGCCAGGUCUGCACUGCUUUCUACUUGAGGACAGGGGGCUUGUUUGCUGUUAACAAUGUGAAAUAAUGGUACAGAUCCUCCCCACCCCCACUUCCUUCAGUCUUGGCAUAGCUUUCACCAUUACAUCAGAUGAUUAUAAUCUAUUCACCCCAGCUAGCUGCCCUUAGAGAGGAUCAAGUAGCAUGUGUUUCACUGCCUAUUGCUGUGGACUUUGUCAUUGUAACCAGAUGGGGGCCUUUUAAUCUGGUCUGCCAUAGCUUAGGUUAAAGACAAAAAUGCUAUCCACUUAAUGGAAUAAUCAAAUUCAUUCAGUUACAAACAUAAGACAAAUUAGGGCUCUAUUGUAGAUACUACCAUAAGUCUUGAGUUGUGGAGUGAUGGGAUUUUUUUUCCUUCUUUUCUUGGCUUGUGAUGCCUGAGUUGCAGUCACUUGAAUUUUUUUUUACUCCAAAGGAAAUUUUAAUAAUUUCUUCACAAGGAAAAUAUUGUUUUAACUGAGAUACAGGAAGAGAAGUGGCCUAAAUUAGGCUUGGCUAUAGGGUGUCAGGGUUCUUGCAGCUUGCAAGGGAAGGAUAGGAAAAGGAGAUCCAUUUGUCCCUGCUGGCAGGAGAGAAUUUUCAACAUUGCAGAGCUCAAGGUAACCCAGCUUCUUAGAAGAGAAAAAGUUCCUCAACCUUUGCCCACCCCUUCAUUUGGAUGCUGUAAAGAGGCUCCAGAGACACCAGGCUAGCACUCUCAAGAAACAGGAUACCAAAAGCAUCUAGGCUGCUAUUCUGGUCUCUCUAAAGAGCUUUCAUUUCUAAUUAGCCAAGUCCUUAGCAUCCUCAAAGGACUGGCCUUCUUAAGAGGAAAGACUAUGACCUGCCCUCACUCUACCAAGCUACAGGAUUCUGAUUUGCAUUCACUCCAUGCCCUUUAUGGAGUGAAUGGUGCACUCUUCUGCAUCCACAGUUUUCAUGUUAAACUAGCUGGGAAAUACUGGUGAGGAAGAGUUGCUGUCAGGAAGACAUUGCAACAGUUUAAUCUAACCAGACUCAACCUCUCAUUAAUCAAGAAGAGAAAAAUUAUUUUUAAUUUCUUUUUUGGAAAUAGAAUAUGAGACAUUUUUUGCCUGGAUGUGUUGACCUAAAUUAUAAUGCUUGCCUCCCUACCCCUGUCCCUUACCCCACUUAUCUCUAUGCCUGUUAAGAGAGGAGGGCAACUGGGCUCUUGUGAACAGAAUGUUGGCCUCUGAGUCAAGGGAGCAAAAUUUAUGGCAAACUUCCCCUUGGCCAGGAAAUGUAUUUGUGCUGGUUUUUAUCACCAUUUCUCAGAUUAGGGUUGGUAGUGCUUCUUCCCACAAAAAGCAAACCUCUGAUAAAAGCUUUACCCACUGGAAGUACCAAAUGAGUUUAUACUUAACACCACUGCUCAAGGGGCCUAGUCCAACUCUCCAGGCUGUUUGCAUUGUGAAGAAAUACAUAAAUCAUGGAUUUGGAGAAAGAGCACAAGGAAGGCCCUCACCCCAAGCACAGCAUUAGGAGAGAAGUGCCCAAAUUCCAACUGUCUGGCCUCUUAUCAAAGCUGCCCUGGGAGGGUGGGGCUGAAAUAGGCCUGGCUGUUUGGCAGGAAGUAAACACCAAAUGCCUUUACAACAGGGGAAAUCCCACUACUUGCCUCCUUUCUCUCUGCUUGGCCUUCAGGGCAGUUCAACUCCUAUCUGUAUGUGGACUGUGCCAGCCACAGCAGGUAGUAGAGCCAUCACCAGCCUCCAGAGCCUGCUGGGCCUCCAGCCUAUCUAAGAAGAGAAAAAGUAGGUGGUCAGCCUUUGGCCAAGGGCAGAGGGCUUCUCUCAUUGAAAAGAGAGAAAUAAGAGAGGUGCUGCCCCUGAGGGGAACAGCCAUUGUACUGAUACACUCUGUUGGGCUUCCGAAGGAGUAGGGCCUAGAACUGAGCAACAUGUCAUGGUUUGUACAUUGCUGCCUGCAAGCCAUUUCAAUGUCCUUGCCAGCCCAGGGACAGGAUUCUCACCACCAGAAGUGGUAUAAUCAGGGUACAUGGCUGCAGAAGCAGGCUCCUUUGAGUCUUACUCUAUAUCCAAAUAGUUCACGUUCAAAUCCCAGCUGCAGCCUAGAAGAGGAAGGAAGAUCUAGCUGGGAACGUGUGAUGGCAGCACAGAUUGACAAUGGGAGAACCAACCAGGCCUCUCCCCAAAGAUAGCCAGUGCUUGCUUGGCUGACACCAGGUAUGCCCUGGACUACUAAAGGUAUUGAUGUCAAGCCCACAUAUCUUAGGCUGUGUCCAGAUGAACAACAUGUCUGCAUUGUAAAGUCCUGGGAUCAUGCUUGUGGUUGUGAUUUAAGGAAAGAUGACUUGAGAGGAGGUGUUUGCCAUCAUCUUGCUACCCAUCAGGCUAAUCUAGUGUCAGACAGCUCUGACCUGAGAAUUCUCAGAUGAGGCCAAUCCUUGGGGAACCAGUGACUGGAUAGAGAAGUCCAAAUAGCAGGCUUCUUUCAGGGCUACCAGUUUCUUAGUGUUUUAACACCUUCAAGAAAGCCCUGCCAUGGGGCACCCAUCUUGAGCACCUGUCCAUGAGCCUCCUGGGCCAAAAGCUUUGGUCAACACUAGUCUCUCUCCUUCCUUAGUGCUGUAUCAAGCAGGGAAGUAGCUUCCUACACCCAGAGUGUGUUCCUCUCAUCCUGUUGUCAGCAACUUUCCCACCCUUGUCAGUACUACCACCCCACUCACACUUAGCUCCUGGGCCCAAUUGCUAGAGGGAGGCAUGGGGGAUUUAGCAGGGAGACUUCAAGUUUACCCAUGUGUAUGUUGCAUAUAAGUUGUUUUAUAUAUAUAUAUAUAUAUAUACAUAUAUAUAUAUAUACACACACAUACAUAUAUAUAUAUAUAUCUCAAAAGUCAAUUAUCUAUUUUUGUAUUGUUUGCAUUUUAUAUUCAUGGAAAACAAUGUAUCAAUUGUUCUUUUCUGAUAUAUUUUAUUUUUAAGUGGUGCUGUUUACAGUUUUAAACAAAACAAAGAUGACACAGAAAUUGCUGCUGCUUGUGCAGAGGGCUGGUAUCUCAACUGCCUAGGGCCCUCUUUCCCGUCUCCUCACCUCAAUGUGUCCAUCCCCUCCCUCCAUGAUAGGGAUAACAAAAGAUUCCCAGGUACUAUGACAAAUGCCAGGUGACUCAGGCAUGGAGAACCUGGUAGAUAGAUGUUGUUUUAUGGCUUUAUUUUUUCUAUCGAGCCCUACGCCUUCCCUACAUGUAGACUUUCUGGAAGAACCCAUCUCUCUGUCUCUGUCUCUCUCUCUGUCUCUCUUUCUGUUAUUUUUAUGUUUUAUGCUUUCAUUUUGAAAUAAGUCCCUAUGUUGUGCUGUCAUACUGAAUUUCUCCAAAGGAGCAUUUUGGGGACAUUCUCCACCCAGUGGGGAGUACAUGGAGUUUCUAUCAUGCCCUUUCUCCCUAAGAAGCCGAGGAGACCGAUGGUGAUGCUUCAACCACCUCAUUGGGGAAACCCUUGUGUGAAGCUUUCCAAAUAGCUCAGUUGAUUGUGACAUUUGCCCAGAAGAGAUGUUGGAGAACUCCUUGACCCCUCUUGCUGCUUUGGGGGUAUCUAUCUCCCUACCACCAUUCCUCCUCCCCUGUCCUGCUCCAGUUCACUGGGGGAACAGUGAUUAUGAGGGUAAUGGAUUGCUGGUCUGAUUCCCACUUUUCUAUCCUACAGUCACUCCAAAGAAGAAAAUCCACAUGGCAUGUGUAUGUGUGAGGGUUGGCCUACUGAGGGAGGGAGUUUUAAAAAUAUUUUAUUUAUUCAUGAAAGAUACACAGAGAGGCAGAGACACAGGCAGAGAGAGGAGAAGCAGGCUCCAUGCGGGAAGCCCAAUGUGGGACUCGAACCCGGGACCCUGGGGUCCCGGGAUCAUUCCCUGAGCCGCUCAACCACUGAACUACCCAGGCAUCCCAAGAGGCAGGGAUUUACUAUUCCUGUUACUAUUGGUGCUUAUUUUCCCUGCUGUAGAUGGGAGCGGAGUGGAGAAGAAACCAGGAAUGUAUAUUUAAGUCACAUUAAAUAAAAUGGCUGGAGGACAGAGGGAAGAAAUUGGUAACUGCAGUACAUACCCACCCCAAGUGUAAGAGUUUUUCUCUCCCAGUGUAAAAUGGGGAGCAUGAUCCCUGGAUGUGCCCUAGUUUCCCUUUCCUUAUCCCUGAGAUAUCACGUAAUUGUCUGGAUUGUGACUUCUCCAAUCCUAGCUCUCAUUGACACCUGGAUAUCUUGAUGCACUGCCUAUUUGUAACAACAUAUAUUUCUUUUGCUGAAUGCUAAUAAACUGGGUUCAAGAAGGACCCUUCCCCAUCACAAAAGUGCAUUUUUGUGGUUUGUUCCACAGCAGCAUACCUGUGACCCAUGGUUGUUGAGUUUGCCCUUGAAGGGAGAUGGAAAAAGCAAAAAGGCUGUGAGGGGGUGGGGUCAUCCAUUGGGGAAACAGAAGCCAGACCUGAAACUAAAAGUAUGGGAAACCAGUUUUUUAUCCAAGUCAUGCCCUCCAUAUGUCUGAUGAUGUGUUGGUAAUCUCUCCAUCACACUUUUCACAUUUUGAGAACUGCCAGAGGCUGGUUAGCACUUCUAAAAUUAGCCUCAGUUAAUGCAAGUGUGCUGGCAUCUCCACCAGCCAGGAGGCAGAGGUGUCAACUUCCUACUGAUGACUCCAUGAAAAGGAUAAGACCAAUGGUGGGACUCCCCAGCCAAGCUUCAGAAAUGGCAUUCCUCACCUAGGUUUAUGGGCAAAGAUGCUGCCUGGGCAGCUGCCUGCUCUACUGAUUCAACUAUGGGGUUGAGUGGGAAAAAUGUGUUUUACCCUUGGCUCCUGAUAAGCAAGGGAUUCUGACACCUGCUAGUGGGCUCCUUUGAGUUAAUCCCAAUUGCCAUGCCCAAGCCAGAAGACCUAAAAUAGUCUCUGCUUGAAACUGCUAUAGACUGUAGUCUGUCGCCACAGACACAUAGGAAAGCUCCCUGGGGUCCCUUCCCAGACUAGAAAAGAAGUUUGUGGCCCCCAGUACCUCAUGAAUCAAGCAAACCCAAAAUAAAAGCAAUUUAAUGAGAGAGAAAAGAGAGAAGCUCCUGGGAGGGGAGUUAAUAAUCCAUAGAUGUUGAAUUGCCUGCCAUGGAAGGAAUGGGGUCAUGGUUGCUCAGAGAGCUUUUGUAGCAAGACCUUUUAGGAAGGUCUUAUUACAUCCAUUGGAAAUUCAAGUAGUUUUGUAGUAUGGGAAGCCUAAAUUUCUGCCUUAAUCUUCAUCCCUCAUUAAUCAGUUGGGUUUGGGAAAAUCCCUUCUGAGUUUUAGUUUCCCCAUCAAUAAUAUGUGGGUGGCAUGGGCAUAGAUUUUACUAGGCUAGUUUCCAUAUGCCAGUCAGAGGACUGGGCUACCACUGAAUAACCUAUAGAACUUUCUCAACUGCCUAAAUCCAGCACUCCUCACCCCUUUCUGACUCAGUUGGCCUGGGAUGGAGUUAUUUUCUGUGGUGUGGAUCCCACAUAACAGGUGCAUUGGACCUGCUGGACAAGAUGAGUGGUAAGAGCUUUUUGUGUUCUGCUGUGACUGAUGGCUGUGACCCUCUGGGGAGCCCUUUGCAAUACUGGAAGGGGAUGUCAGUGGAGAGAUGUUGGUGGAGGGUUCUUUGGAUCACCAAGAAACCAAACCCACCUUGGUCAGCUCCAGUGUUGUUCUCUAGUCUGCUUAAGGACUGGGGUUGUGCCUGGUGAACAGGCCUUUGUUCCUAGUAUCUGUUUAGAACAGAUAUAAAUCCGACAGAAAAAAUAUCUUAGUACAAGCCUUUGGAUGACACUGUGGGUAAGCUACUAGCUCCCCACUGCCCCCACCCCCAGUGGGUUCUAGGCCGUACUGACCAUGUUCUUUCUCUGGAUAAUUCCUACACUUUAGCUGGGAUGCUUAGCUUCUGGGAUCCAGACCUGGCCAAUAAAAGCAAGGGACCAGAGGGUAGCACUUUCUAAUCUGCAACCUCCUUUCAUCUCCAUUAUCUUUUAAAAGGUCCCUGAUGCAUGUGGGUAGGCAGAAGAUCUCAUCCCCACUUUAUAGAGGUGGGAAAGGAGCCAUGGGAAAGUGAAAUGAUUUGCUCAUGGUAAUAGAGUACAUCGACUGUAAGUCAAGAUGAGAAACAGAAUGGGCAGGUAGGGGUGGAAGAUAUGAUGGAAAAGAUCACUGCUAAUAAUUCAUCCAUCACCAAAUGAAUUAUAUCAUUGAUAUGUGCAGGCACUAGACACUUUAAUCAUGUCAUCUUGUGCAAUCUUUAACUCUAUGAGGUUAAUGUUGUUAUGUACAUUUUAGGAUGUCUCAUUUUAAGAAGAGAAAACUGAGCCUCAGAAAGGUUAAGACUCUUACCAAAGUUCACACAGACAGAUAAGUGGACUCCAAAUCUCCAUUUUUCUAUCAUACUUGUAGUGAAGCUUCAGGUUAGUUGCACAUUAGGGAUGUUAAGGAUGAAUAAAUCCCAGAAAUGACUUCAGCAGCAAGCCCGAAGUAAUAGCAUCCUAAAACUAAAGAGGACCUCUGGCUGCUUCCUUAUUCCACUGAGCCCAGAACAGUCUCCCAGCUCCAAGCCUAGAUCAGAGGCCCUUGUAAGCCCAAGAAAGGACUCCCUUCCCCCUACUCCCACCCCUAGCCUUGGAUCUCUGGGAAUUGUUCCCAGCCAGGUAGACCCCCUUAAACCUGUUAAUAAGUGGUCUGGGAAACAUGAUGACAAUUGGAGCACCACCUUAUGAAGAGGUACUUAAUUAUAAAUCACUUAAUAGGCACAAUGGGAAACAGUCUCUUUCUCUGGGAGAAUAGCUGCUAUCUGGUGGGCUCUUGAAGGCUGCUCUCCUCCUCUCCUUCAGUUUCUUUCCUGCUUUUCCACUUUCUCUCUUUGGAUGCCUGAGCACAUUUUCCAUGUUGUUCUCUCAGUACAUGGAGCAUCUGAUGAGGUUUCUCAAAGGCUCCUGUGCAGCACCCAUUGCUAACAGGAAGUGGAUGAUCUGCCUGGCCAGAAAUCCCAAGAUUAAAAGUACUGUUAUGUUCUCCAAGGAAACAAAAAUGGAAUAAGCAUCUAUCUGUCCACAAACUAAGAUGUGGGUAGGUAAUAAAUAGUACUUUGUUUUGUUUUGUAACUAAAUUCUGACUUCAAACUCCCUAUCCUAACAGAGAAGCAGAAAAUUCUGUCAGUCAUGACUGAGGACUCCUUCAAGGGUAAAACUGGAAUUCAGGGUACAUUUGUGGUACCCAUUAAUUAGGGUGAGGGCAACUAAUCUUUAACCUAUUCCAAUCACUACUGACACCCUCAUUUUCCAUGCCAGCAGUAGGAGAAGGAAAGCUGAGAGCCUUAGGAAUAUAAACUCUGCUUCCCUCCUUAGAGCCAUCCCCUCCCCAUCCUUGAGGAAUUGCACUCAAUCAGUGUUUGAGUUCCUGCUGCCUCAGACAUACUCUUCCAUUCUCGGUAGGGCUGGGAGGGGUAGGGAUCUCUCCUAUUUUUUUCCCUUUGGGCUUUACAAUGCCUCUUCCUUUUCCUUUAUGAUAGUAUAUAAUCAAUGAGAUUUUCAGGCUUUUAUAAAAGAAUAUUUGGUCACCUAAGCUUGCUUCUGCUUUCUACACUGUGAAAUCCCUGUUGCAAGAGGUCUGUUAGGGGAUUCCAAAGAGCAGGAAGAUAGGAAGUGAGGACAUAGAGGGACAACACACACACACACACACACACACACACACACACAAAAAUGUGAAUAUUUCUGGAAAUCACCCUGCCACAAAAAUACUGCUUUAUUGAAAAAAAAUUCACUGUCCUAGAAUU